AGCUACGAAUAUUCCAAGCUAAAUUCUCCACAUAACUCACUUUAUAUUUGAUUCUUUCACCUUUCCACUUCUCACUAAAAUUCUCAUCAAUCACUAAAACAGUUCUCAUCACUACAUCAAUGGCGAUUUUCUCAAGAACCAAACGUGUCACGGACGCAUUUGACGACGACGCUAAGGCUCGUAUCUUCAGUAGCCACGGAUGCGGCAUCUUAGACCAAGAUUCUCCUCCACUCUGCGAGCUCGUACACGGGUUUCUCGAGGAUGCUCCCGAAGAGACAUUCUACAACUCUGACUCCGACCUGCCUGAGAAUUCUGUAGUAGAACGUCCUUGUGAAGAUAGUGAGGAGAUCUUGAAGAUGGCCGUGAGCUUCUCCGAUUCCGAUCCUUAUCGGAAUCUAUUGUUAGGUCACGUUUUGAGAGCCGUGGAGGUAUAUUCCGGUUUUAGGUCAAGGAACAAAUCUGUUUUCCGGGACAAGGUAGCUUCGUUUCUACGAGAGCUCGGCCACAACGCGGCGGUUUGUGUUUCAAAAUGGACCUCAUCGGCCAAACUCAUCGCCGGAAGUUACCAUUUCAUUGACGUCGUUUACAAGCCGUCAGAUAAUGAUCAGACGACCGUCCGUUACUUCGUUGAUCUAGACUUUGCUUCCGAGUUUGAGAUCGCAAGGCCAACACGAGAAUACACGCGUGUGUUGCAGUUGCUGCCUAACGUUUUUGUGGGGAAAGAAGAAAAUCUGAGGACGAUCGUGAGAGAGUCAUGUGACGCGGCGAAGAGGUCGUUGAAGAGCCGUGGCUUGUCUCUCCCACCGUGGCGGAGAAGCUCUUACUUACAGCACAAGUGGUUUGGUCCGUACAGAAGAAAGGUGGGAUCUAGUUUGGGAGCGAAGCUGUUAAAUAAUGACGCCGUUAGCUGCCGAUCUUUAGGGUUUGAUGACGGCGCCGUCAACACUCGUUUGUUCAUCAGGGCAUGAUCCAUAAAUGUAGUAUGGAGUAGACUAGUAUAAAGUGUAGGCGAAUAG